UUUAAAAUGUAAAGGAUAGGCCGGGCGCGGUGGCUCACGCUUGUAAUCCCAGCACUUUGGGAGGCCGAGGCGGGCGGAUCACGAGGUCAGAAGAUCGAGACCACGGUGAAACCCCGUCUCUACUAAAAAUACAAAAAAAUUAGCCGGGUGUGGUGGCGGGCGCCUGUAGUCCCAGCUACUCGGAGAGGCUGAGGCAGGAGAAUGGCGUGAACCUGGGAGGCGGAGCUUGCAGUGAGCCGAGAUUGCGCCACUGCACUCCAGCCUGGGCGACAGAGUGAGACUCCGUCUCAAAAAAUAAAUAAAUAAAUAAAUAAAAUAAAAUGUAAAGGAUAAUUACAUUAUUUGUAAGGGUUUUAAUUUGUAAUAUAAAGAAAAAAUUACAUGUUUACUCACAAUGGGUGAAGAAAUUCAUCAUUUUAAAAAUUAUUUGGAGUUUUGGGAGAAAAAUGUUGGAAGACCUCGUCCCUGCCUGAUGUGCCCCCCAGGACCUCUCUGACCUCGUCUCUUUCCUGUGUCCCCCUCCCUCCCUCUGCUCCAGCCAUGCGGGCCUCUUUCCUGUUCCUGGGCCGAGGUUGCUCCUGCCUCAAGGCGUUCACGUGGGCUGUCCCUCUGUUGGAACUCACUGGCCCCUCAGCUGCAGGAGUUUAUCGUCCCUGGUGUGGUGGGCAGCAGAGGGGACCGUAUUUCCUCAGGGAUUGACUUCUAAAGAUUGUUGGUACGUGAGGAAGAAACCCAGAAGAGGAAGAGGAAAGCAAAGGAGCCAGGGAUGGCUCUUCCUCAGGGUCUGUUGACAUUCAGGGAUGUGGCCAUAGAAUUCUCUCAGGAGGAGUGGAAAUGCCUGGACCCUGCUCAGAGGACUCUAUACAGGGACGUGAUGCUGGAGAAUUAUAGGAACCUGGUCUCCCUGGAUAUCUCUUCCAAAUGCACGAUGAAGGAGGUCUCAUCAACAGCACAAGGCAAUACAGAGGUGAUCCACACAGGUACAUUGCAAAGACAUGAACGUCAUCACAUUGGAGAUUUUUGCUUCCAGGAAAUGGAGAAAGAUAUUCAUGAUUUUGAGUUUCAGUGGAAAGAAGAUGAAAGAAAUAGCCAUGAAGCACCCAUGACAGAAAUCAAAGAGUUGACAGGUAGUACAAACCGACGUGAUCAAAGGCAUGCUGAAAACAAGCCUAUUAAAGAUCAGCUUGGAUUAAGCUUUCAUUCGCAUCUGCCUGAACUGCACAUAUUUCAGACCGAAGGGAAGAUUGGUAAUCAAGUUGAGAAGUCUGUCAACAAUGCUUCCUCGGUUUCAACAUCCCAAAGAAUUUCUUGUAGGCCUAAAACCCACAUUUCUAAUAACUAUGGGAAUAAUUUCCUGAAUUCUUCAUUACUCACACCAAAGCAGGAAGUACACAUGAGAGAAAAAUCUUUCCAAUGUAAUGAGAGUGGCAAAGCCUUUAAUUAUAGCUCAGUCUUAAGGAAACAUCAGAUAAUCCAUUUAGGAGCGAAACAAUAUAAAUGUGAUGUGUGUGGCAAGGUCUUUAAUCAAAAGCGAUACCUUGCAUGUCAUCGUAGAUGUCACACUGGCAAGAAACCUUACAAGUGUAAUGAUUGUGGCAAGACCUUCAGUCAGGAGUUAACCCUUAUAUGCCAUCAUAGACUUCAUACUGGAGAGAAACAUUACAAGUGCAGUGAAUGUGGCAAGACCUUCAGUCGAAAUUCAGCCCUUGUAAUUCAUAAGGCAAUUCAUACUGGAGAGAAAUCUUACAAGUGUAAUGAAUGUGGCAAGACCUUCAGUCAAACGUCAUACCUUGUAUACCAUCGUAGACUUCAUACUGGAGAGAAACCUUACAAAUGUGAAGAAUGUGACAAAGCUUUCAGUUUCAAAUCAAACCUUGAAAGACAUAGGAAAAUUCAUACUGGAGAGAAACCUUACAAGUGUAAUGAAUGCAGCAGGACCUUUAGUCGGAAGUCAUCCCUUACACGCCAUCGUAGACUUCAUACUGGAGAGAAACCUUACAAGUGUAAUGAGUGUGGCAAGACCUUCAGUCAGAUGUCAUCUCUUGUAUACCAUCAUAGACUUCAUACUGGAGAGAAACCUUACAAAUGUGAAGAAUGUGAUGAAGCUUUCAGUUUCAAAUCAAACCUUGAAAGACAUAGGAGAAUUCAUACCGGAGAGAAACCUUACAAGUGUAAUGAUUGUGGCAAGACCUUCAGUCAGACAUCAUCCCUUGUAUACCAUCGUAGACUUCAUACUGGAGAGAAACCUUACAAAUGUGAAGAAUGUGAUGAAGCUUUCAGUUUCAAAUCAAACCUUGAAAGACAUAGGAUAAUUCAUACCGGAGAGAAACUUUACAAGUGUAAUGAGUGUGGCAAGACCUUUAGUCGGAAGUCAUCCCUUACACGCCAUCGUAGACUUCAUACUGGAGAGAAACCUUACCAGUGUAAUGAGUGUGGCAAAGCCUUUCGUGGGCAGUCAGCACUUAUUUACCAUCAGGCAAUCCAUGGUAUAGGGAAACUUUACAAAUGUAAUGAUUGUCACCAAGUCUUUAGUAAUGCUACAACCAUUGCAAAUCAUUGGAGAAUCCAUAAUGAAGAGAGAUCGUACAAGUGUAAUAGAUGUGGCAAGUUUUUCAGACAUCGUUCAUACCUUGCAGUUCAUUGGCGAACUCAUAGUGGAGAGAAACCUUACAAAUGUGAAGAAUGUGAUGAAGCUUUCAGUUUCAAAUCAAACCUUCAAAGACAUAGGAGAAUUCAUACUGGAGAGAAACCUUACAGGUGUAAUGAAUGCGGCAAGACCUUUAGUCGGAAGUCAUACCUUACGUGCCAUCGUAGACUUCAUACUGGAGAGAAACCUUACAAGUGUAAUGAGUGUGGCAAGACCUUCGGUCGAAAUUCCGCCCUUGUAAUUCAUAAAGCAAUUCAUACUGGAGAGAAACCUUACAAGUGUAAUGAGUGUGGCAAGUCCUUCAGUCAGAAGUCAUCCCUUACAUGCCAUCGUAGACUUCAUACUGGAGAGAAACCUUACAAAUGUGAAGAAUGUGACAAAGUUUUCAGUCGCAAAUCAAGCCUUGAAAAACAUAGGAGAAUUCAUACUGGAGAGAAACCAUACAAAUGUAAGGUUUGUGACAAAGCUUUUGGGCGUGAUUCACACCUGGCACAACAUACUAGAAUUCACACUGGAGAGAAACCUUACAAGUGUAAUGAAUGUGGCAAGACCUUCCGUCACAAUUCAGCCCUUGUAAUUCAUAAGGCAAUUCAUAGUGGAGAGAAACCUUACAAGUGUAAUGAGUGUGGCAAAACCUUCCGUCACAAUUCAGCCCUUGAAAUUCAUAAGGCAAUUCAUACUGGAGAAAAACCUUACAAGUGUAGUGAAUGUGGCAAGGUUUUUAAUCGAAAAGCAAACCUUGCACGUCAUCGUAGACUUCAUACUGGAGAGAAACCUUACAAGUGUAAUAAAUGUGGUAAGGUUUUUAAUCAACAAGCACACCUUGCAUGUCAUCAUAGAAUUCAUACUGGAGAGAAACCUUACAAGUGUAAUGAGUGUGGCAAAACCUUCCGUCACAAUUCAGUCCUUGUAAUUCAUAAGACAAUUCAUACUGGAGAGAAACCUUACAAGUGUAAUGAAUGUGGCAAGGUUUUUAAUCGAAAAGCAAAACUUGCACGUCAUCAUAGAAUUCAUACUGGAGAGAAGCAUUAGAAAUAUGAAGAAUGUGACAAAGUUUACAGUUGCAAAUCAAGUCUCGAAAGACAGGAGAAUUCAUACUGGAGAGGCAGCUUACAAAUGUAAGAGUUUGUGACAAGAAUCUCGGGCGUGAUUCACUCCUGGCACAAACUAGAAGUCACACUGGAGAGAAACCUUACAAGUGUACUGAGUGCGGCAAAGCCUUUAGUGGGCAGUCAACACUUAUUCACCAUCAGGCAAUCCAUGGUAUAGGGAAACUUUACUAAUGUAAUGAUUCUCACAAAGUCUUCAGUAACGCUACAACUAUUGCAAAUCAUUGGAGAAUCCAUAAUGAAGAGAUAUUUUAAAAGUGUAAUAAAUGUGGCAAAUUUUUCAGACACUGUUCAUACCUUGCAGUUCAUCGGGAAACUCAUGCUGGAGAGAUCUUACAAAUGUCAUGAUUGUGGCAAGGUCUUCAGUCUAGCUUCAUCUUAUGCAAAACAGGAGAAUUCAUACAGGAGACAAACUUCACAAGUAUGAUUGUGGCAAAGCCUUUACUUCAUGUUCACACCUAAUUAGACAUCAGAGAAUCCAUACUGGACAGAAAUCUUACAAAUGUCAUCAGAGUGGCAAGGUCUUCAGUCCGAGGUCACUCCUUGCAGAAUAUCAGAAAAUUUAUUGUUGAGAUGAUAGUUCCAAAUGCAAUGAGUAUAGCAAACCAUCAAGCAUUCAUUGACAUUAGAGUCAAUUCAGCACUGACUUGAGUUUGAGUUGACUUAACAUUGAGUUCAAGCAUUAAUUGACAUUAAAGUGUUUAUGUUAAGAAGAUUGGGCCAGGCGGGGUGGCCUGUAAUCCCAGCACUUUGGGAGGCCAAGACCAAUAGAUCACUUGAGGUCAGGAGUUUGAAACCAGACUGGCCAAAACAUGAGUCACUUUUCCCAGCCUGUAUUUUGUUUCUUUAAUAAAAACUGUUAGGGGUUUUCAUGGGUAUGUGUUGAAUCUAAAUCACAUUGUUUGUAUAAUCAUUUAACAAUAUUAAGACUUCCAAUCCAUCAAUAUGGGUUGUAUGUCUAUUUAGUUUUUUUGAUCAAUGUAGAUUUCAAGGUACAAGCUUCUCACCUCCUUAAUUCAGUUUAUUUGUAAGUAUUAAGUUUCAUAGCAAAUUGAAGUGUGUUCAUAAGUUUCUUUAAACAUUUAUUGUUAAUGUAAGGAAAUUCAACUAAUUUUGGGUGCUGAUUUUGUAUUCUGCAAAUACACUGAGUGGGUUUAUUAGUAUCAGUAAAAUCUUGGUUGAUUCUUUGUGA